CUUCCGGCCACCGCCUGCCCAGCCACUUGAGAAUCCGGUGCGGUUGUCUCCACCGCACAAGCCAGAGGGGACUUGGAACGGUCAUGGAGUCUCUCUCUCUGGUGUCUCCUUCCAUUGUCCUCCCUUCAAGUUCCCUUCCGUGAAGCCCAGCCAUGACAGAUCUGGAGCCAUGGCCGUGUUCUCGACAGACCUUGGAGCCAGAUCUGUCGCGGUUAUGGAUUCACAGACGAGGCCGGCCCUCGCCAGAUCUGGGCGAGGGAUGGCCUCGUCAAGACUUGUUCCAUCAUUUUUGAAGGCUCAGCCUUGAUGGCUCGACCGAGAGAAGGUUUAGCGCUCAGCUUUUCCGAAGCUCAGUGAUGACUGGAGGAGGGAGUCGCCGAGAUCUAAAGGUUGGCCAGGUCUGUUGCGGCCAUGGCUUCGCGGUUCCAGAUCUGGAUGCGGCCAAGUGACACCGGAAGGGGCGGAGAUGGUGGCCGCACGGGUAUCCUCUGUCAGGGAGGAAGAUGAAGAGAGAGAAAAAAGAUUUUUUUUUUCCCACCUUAUCCAACACGUUUCGAUCUAUUAUUGGAUAUAAAUAAAAAGCGCCCCACGUCAGCAAUUGGCGUGGCGCUUUGGAACCACUGAAUAUUCUCUGAUCCGACGACAAAUCGUCAGCGACGGUUACGUUUCUCAUUUCACUUUGACUUCCUUCUUCUUCUUCUUCGAAACAUCGUCGGACGCCGGCAGUACCGCGCGCGCCACCACCCAUGGAGCUCAAGCCCGGCCUGUCCGCUCUCAUCACCGGCGGAGCUUCCGGCAUCGGUAAGGCUCUGGCGAUAGCGCUCGCGGAGAAGGGGAUAUUCGUGACGGUGGUCGACUUCUCGGAAGACAGGGGAAAGGAGGUGGCCUCCCUCGUCGAGAAAGCGAAUUCCAAGUUCCACUUCAGCUUGGGAUUUCCCUCCUCCAUCUUCGUGAAAUGCGACGUCUCCAACUCGAGGGAUGUCGUCAACGCCUUCGAGAAGCAUGUUGCGACCUACGGGGGACUGGACAUCUGUAUCAAUUGCGCCGGCAUCGCUACCCCGGUGCCCUUCCACAAGGAUCAGACCGACGGGACCCGAUUCUGGCGGCACGCGCUGAACGUGAAUUUGGUCGCCGUCAUCGACUGCACUCGCCUCGCAGUUAAGGCCAUGGAAUCUGCUGGGAGACCCGGUGUAAUAAUAAACGUAGGAUCUGCUGCAGGUCUUUAUCCUACGUACGCUGAUCCUAUCUAUUCUGCCUCAAAAGGUGGCGUCGUCUUGUUUACCAGAUCCCUUGCACCCUUCAAGCGCCGAGGAAUUCGCGUCAAUGUACUUUGCCCCGAGUUUGUUCGAACAGAGAUGACCUUAAAGAUGGAUUCUGACUUCGUAGACUUGAUGGGGGGCUUUUUACCUAUGGAAAUGGUGGUGAAAGGAGCUUUUGAACUUAUUACUGAUGAAAGCAAAGGUGGUUCAUGUCUAUGGAUUACAAAGCGCAAUGGCAUGCAAUAUUGGCCCAGUGCAGCAGAAGAGGCAAAAUACCGAGUGAAAUCCUCAAGUUCCACAAAAAGAUUAUUGUACAAAGGACCAGUGAAUUUGCAACUUCCUAAGAAUUUUGAGAAAAUCGUGGUUCACACCUUGACUCACAAUUUCCGUGAUGCUACCCGGAUUAUUCGAACGCCUUUGAGGUUGCUGAUUGAACCACAGCAUGUCCUUGUGAAAAUCGUAUAUGCUGGAGUAAAUGCAAGUGAUGUGAAUUUCAGCUCGGGACGUUAUUUCCAAGGUGGAAAGGGAGAUGUUGGGUCCCGUCUUCCUUUUGAUGCUGGUUUUGAGGCUGUGGGGAUAAUCGCUGCAGUUGGUGAUUCUGUCAAGGAUUUGAAAGUUGGCAUGCCUGCUGCACUGAUGACUUUUGGAAGCUAUGCAGAAUUUACAAUGGUUCCGGCAAAACACGUCCUUUCAGUGGCCAGGCCAGAUCCAGAAGUAGUUGCCAUGCUUACUUCAGGGCUUACAGCAUCUAUUGCACUAGAAAAGGCUGCACAAAUGGAAUCUGGCAAAGUAGUUCUUGUUACAGCUGCUGCAGGAGGGACUGGGCAAUUUGCUGUCCAGCUUGCAAAAGUUGCUGGAAAUACAGUAGUAGCAACCUGUGGAGGGAGGGAGAAGGCCAUGCUUUUGAAGGAGUUGGGAGUCGAUCGUGUGAUAGAUUAUAAAGCUGAAGACAUCAAAACUGUUUUGAAGAAGGAAUUUCCAAAAGGUGUCGACAUAGUUUACGAGUCUGUUGGUGGGGAAAUGUUUGAUCUUUGCUUGAAUGCUUUGGCCAUAUUUGGACGAUUGAUUGUAAUUGGCAUGAUUUCUCAGUAUCAGGGAGAGCAUGGAUGGACACCAAAUAAGUACCCUGGACUUUGUGAGAAACUUCUGUCUAAAAGCCAAACUGUGGCUGGUUUUUUCCUGGUACAAUAUAGUCACUUCUGGCAAGAACAUCUAGAUAGACUGUUUCAACUCUAUUCCAGAGGACAACUCAAGGUGGCCAUCGACCCAAAAAGAUUUGUGGGUCUCAAUGCUGUGGCAGAUGCUGUUGAGCAUCUUCAUUCUGGUAAAAGUAUUGGCAAGGUGGUGGUUUGCAUGGAUCCAACUUUCACUGAUCAAGUAGCAAGACUGUGAAGUCUGAUCAAGGCCGUUUGAUUGUUUCGUUAAUAACUGUCAAAGUGAAUUACAAAGGGAUCUGUUUGAAAUAAUGACUCAGAGUGCAUAUCCUUCCAAGCGAUUAUUAGGGAACUGCAGUAAGAGACAUCGAGAAAACGAAAGUUAAUCUUCAGCAGAAAAAACCAAAAGGCUACAAAGGAAUUGAAUUGAUAAAUAUGAAUUGCCCAUGGCUUUUUGCCAGGCGACAAAAGCUGGUAAGACCCCUUUAGAUAUUCUGACAACCCUUUUGUGGUCAUUCUCAUAAACAGAACCGUCGCACAAAUGAUUACAAUGUAAGGAAACAUCAUUUUUGAUGUAAACAGAUCGGUUGAAGUGUCCCAUUUAA